AUGUUGUUUUUGAUCAGGGCAAUCGUAAGCUUCCUUUAUUGGGCCAACCAUAAACUCCGCCAGCUCUCGAACAUAUUGGUUGGCAACAUGUUUGAGCCUAAGUUUGACAUUGUCUUGGUGACAGGCGGUACUUUGGGCUUGGGUAGGGAGAUUGUAAAGCAGCUCGUCGCCAGGAGGGCCAAAGUUGUUGUGAUGGACAUUGUGCUCCCCGAGGAUGACGCCAAGCUCCCGGGGGUUAUUUAUUACCAGUGCGAUGUUAGCGACAGGGCGCAUGUGUUUGACGUGCAAAAGGAUAUCCAGAAUAACGUGGGAGUCGUCACCGUCCUCAUCAACAACGCAGGCAUAUCUACCGGGAAAACUGUGUUGGACCUUUCCUUCCAAGAGAUUGAAAGAACGAUUCAGAUCAACUUGAUCUCCAGUUUCUACACCAUCAAGGCGUUUUUACCGGGAAUGAUCUUUGUCAAGAGAGGCUACAUCGUCACUAUUGCCUCCAUCUUGGGGUACAUGUCGCCAGCGAGGUUGAGUGCUUAUGGGGCCUCAAAGUCGGGGUUGAUUGCGCUACACGAGUCGCUUACAUACGAGCUUGGUCCGCCCUCGGUUAAUCCGCACGGAGUAAAGACGCUUUUGAUUUGCCCCGGCCAGAUCAAGACUGGCAUGUUCACCGGUGUCAAGACUCCGCACACGCUUCUUGCUCCCGAGUUGGAACCAAAGUUUGUGGCUGCGCAUGUGAUCAAAUCGAUCGAGCAAGGCAGACGGGGCGAAAUGAAACUCCCAUUGUACGGCAACUUUGUUCCACUUUUCAGAGCGAUGCCUUGGCCGAUUGUCGAGCUCACCCGCAAGUUUUCCGGGAUGGACGAGAGCAUGUUGCAUUUCAGAAACGCGCUAGUGAAGGUUGCCAGCAGAGUGUCAUCCUUGGCCAGCGGCGUCAACUCCGUUGCUAGCAGGUCGAUGCAGAGUUCGAUCCGCGGCUCAAAGGCCGACUCUCCAGCUGGCAGCAAAGCACCCCGAACCUCGCAACACCUGUCCGAGCAUCACGACAGAGAAACAAACGUGGAAAUCGAGAUGCACUAG